AUGGCAGAUCUACCCUCGGGACUAUAUUCUCCCGGAGUAGCCAUUUUCGUCAGUACUAUUCUUUAUACAAUCGUUGUUGCAUCUAUUUUUGGAAACUUGCUUGUCAUCGUGGCUUUCUUCACCGACGCCAAGUUGAGACAUACUGUUCGAAACGUAUAUCUUCUCAACUUGGCCAUCGCCGACCUGAUGGUCGCGACGUUGUCCAUGCCAUACGAUGCGUUUUGGGCUAGACACGGGUACGCCGAUUGGCCACUAGGAGAAGGAGUUUGCAAGCUGUGGUUGACCGCCGAUUUCACAGCGUGCAGUGUUUCGGUUAUUUCUGUGAUCUAUAUAAGUCUAGACAGAUACUGGCUGAUAAAAAAGAAAGCAAAGUAUGCUAUGUUGCAGAAGACUAAAAAGGCCAUUAUAAUGUGCGUAAUUCCUUGGAUUUUUCUGUCGUUUUACUAUGGUAUAACAAUUAGCGGAUGGAGUGCGUUGACAGGACAAUCGAGCCUCGACUAUAGUUGGCAAUGUGAAGCAGAGCACGUUAACAGCCUAUUUUUCAAUGUUAUCACUGUUAUUUUUGAAUUCAUAAUCCCGUCCAUUGCCAUAGCUUAUUUGAAUAUGACGGUGUAUUUGUAUAUCAGAACGCGAAAGAGAACUUCGAAUCAGAACAGGGUUUUCCAGAUUCACCUCAACUCCGAAAAUACAGUUUCACCAAAUGAAUCACCUAGUACUGGUGACGAGGUUCCAUGUGGAAAUCGUAGGAUCACAACGACACGCUACAUGUCUGAACAUUUUACCGACCAUCAUGAAGAAGCAUCAGCGCAAAUCGACCAGGAACUCUCCAACCCACUCGUGGCUUCUAGAAGAACCCAAGACAACAUAAUCGAUGACAGCUCAAAGAGAGGGAAAGCUGGUAGAACUCUUGGUUUAGUAGUUGCAGUUUUCGUGUCGUGCUGGCUUCCCUAUAACAUGUACCUUAUUGUGAUAACUCUAUGUGAUAGCUGUUACAACGAGCAUAUAUGGACUCUUGUAAACUGGCUGCUUUGGUGCAAUUCCACAGUAAAUCCUUUAAUUUACGCUGUGACCACUCCCAGAUUCUGUUACGCCUUCAAGACUAUAGUUUGUCUUAGUAAAAAACAUUCCCAAGUAAACAUUCAUCCAACUGUUUAA